UUUUGAUGCGUUUUUUCAUUACGAAAACUCUUUUAUUGUUUUUACAUUAAUAUGUAGAGUUCUGAUUAAGCGGCGUUUGUACGAUUAAGCGUCAUUGGUCGGAUACGGAGGGUGCCUUGCCAUUCGUUGGUCAGAAAUAUCCAAUCCGAUUGGCGUCCAUUGCUGGAAAACUUUGGUCUGUGUCGUCAUUGUACCUUACUCUAUCAGAAAGCUUUGUAGAUUGGCUAUAAUAUUGUGUUUAUAUAGUUUAAUUAUCAGUUACAGUAGCUUCGAAAUAUUUUGUUUUUGUUAGGAUUCUGCUUCGCGUCAUGGUUUUGAUUGAAAAAGACUUACAUUCUUUCAGUCAGUGCAUUGUAUUCGAUAGUUUGGGCAUGUGUUGGUGAUCAACAUGUGACAGUACUAUCUACUAUCAUCUGUGUGUGUUUUAAAUUUCCAAAGCGAGCAUACUUGUGUUUCAUCGAAUUAUUUGUUUUUAUUUACAUGAUUUCCGGAGCUGUGACACAAUUUCCAAUGGAUACUCGUGUGUCCCUGAGGUCUCUGAACCCUUAUAUUUCCUGCUUCAUCUGCAAUGGAUAUUUAAUUGAUGCUACUGCAAUUACAGAGUGUUUGCACACUUUUUGCAAAAGUUGCAUAGUUAAACAUCUGGAUUCAAAAAAGGGCAAUACCUGCCCGAAAUGUGAUGUGGUUAUUCACAGAAGUAAUCCUUUGCAAGGCAUCAGAUUGGACCGUAAAAUGCAAGACAUUGUUUACAAAUUGGUUCCUAACUUGCAGCAUAAUGAAAUGCUAAGAGAAGAACGAUUUUGCCGGGACAGAAAGAUUCCUUUUGAAAAAAGCAAUGCCCUGACGAGUAAAGAAAGCCGCAUGGACGAUACUAAAUAUCAAGGUAAAACUAUUGGAGCGAUUUGUGAAGAUCGAGUUUGUAUACAGUUAGAAUCAAAAACAAAAGAUCUGAAGCCUCUUGCAAAAAAAUUUGUAUGUUGCUCUUCGCGCACAACUGUUAAUCAUGUAAAAAAACUAAUCGCCAAGAAAUUGUUCUGUGACCUAGAAAAGUAUUGCACUGUGGACAUCUUGUGCAAUGAUGAAAUAUUAGGAAAAGAUCAUACAUUGAAAUUCAUCUAUGUAACAAGGUGGAGAUGUAAAGAACCACCUCUUCUAUUAUAUUAUCAGCCACGUGUGGAUGUUUUAAAUUUUAGCCAUGAUGUGUAAAAACCAGAAAUCUUAAACAAAUCAAAAUUUUGUAUUCAGUUUUAUACUGAUACUUUAAGUUAAUCGGAUAUUUUUGUCUGUAUUCUGGUUAUAUAAAAAAUUGUGAAUAUUAAUUGCUCAGAAAUUCUGAGUAUGUAUUGCGAGCUUAUUGUUAUAUCUUGGCAAUCUGUCCUUUGAUAUAAAAAUUAUGAUACUGGAUGUUAGUUAUAUAAUGUAUCUUAAGUUAUUUAAAAGCCAGUUAUUACAAAGUAGUACAUUUUAAUUGACUGUACAUGUGAUGUGUCUUGGUGAUCUUUAAUAUCUGUGGCUACACAUACAUGUUUUUAUUUAGUCUGACCUACUUUUAAAACCGAAAUGAAAACUUAAAAAAUUUGAAAUUUGUGCAUAAUAUAAUUUAUGUACAAAAUUAUUAUAUGCAUAAUAACUUUGGUAAUAAAUCCACUGUUCUGAAGUUUCUUGAGAUUGAAAACAAGCUCUAUGAGGAAUGCAUGCAUUUGUGUUAGCUUGAACAAGAAUCAUCAAUUUGUUGACAUUAAUAUUUGUACUUGGUCAUAGAAUAUUGUACUUGGUCGUAGAAUAGUAUUGUCUAAACUUCAAUUAAAAAUCAUCUUUGGUGACUUAACUAUAAUGUUAUAUCUGAAUGAAUUAUAGCAUGUGCAAGCAAAAUAUAUUGCAGAUUGUUUUUAAAGUAUUUAUUCAUUUUGGUGAAUAAUGGUAGUUAGAAAUUAUAUCAAUAUUUUGUCUUAAACUGAUUUUUUAAGGUGUCUUCUCCUUAUAAUUCAUAGUUUAAAAACAUUUUUUUUUUUAUAACAGAUUGUUUGUUCUAGACUGUCAGUUGCAUCAAGAGACAAACAAAAAUUUUAAGUAUAUAAGCAUAAAUAUUAAAAGAUUUUCUUUUCUUUCUUAAAUUGGCGCAUUUUUAUAAAAGACACAGCUUUUCUCUGAAUGAGAAAGACCAACAAAACAUUCUGUACUAAUAUAAUAUUUUUUAUUUGAAAUAGUAAAUUGUUGCUUUCAGGGUAUAGAAUAGAAAAUUUUUGCAAAAUACUGUUAAUUUGGUCAGAAAAAUGGGAAUUGGAAAUGAUAUAUUUACUUUCAGCAGUUUAAAUAAUAUAUAUAUAUAUAUUACUGGUAAAUAAAUAAGAAAAAAUUUGUAUAAACACUGUUGAUCUUUAAAUAAACUUCUGUAUAUAUGAAUAAUUUGUUUCCUACCAAUAAUAUGGGAAAAAAAAAUUGCCAUCAGUGAAAAAAAUUGGUAGUAUUUGAAAUUAUUAUAUUAAUUAAUAAUUAACUGUUAUAUUAAGUUUGAAAAAUAA